ACAGCCAAGGCGUUGUAAACGACAAGCUGAUUGGAUUAUCUCUCACCGGAAGCACCAAUCGCACAUGUAUACAUGUUUACAUUUUAGACAUGGCUUCAAACUUAACAAAGCUGUUUGAGUUCUUUUCCUUAAUAGGACAAUUAAAGCGUGUACAAAGAACAGGAUGGGUUUUACAUAAAGUAAGUGACCCGGAGAGUGUAGCUGACCAUAUGUACAGAAUGGCAAUGAUGUCUUUCUUAGUUGAACCUUCAUCUGGAUUAAGUAAAGAAAGAUGCAUAAAGUUAUCACUGGUACAUGAUUUGGCUGAGUCUAUUGUAGGUGACAUAGCCCCAGCAGAUGGCGUUGAUAAAGAUGACAAAUAUAAGAGAGAAAAGACAGCCAUGAGUCAUAUAUCAACUUUAGUGAGUGAAGAAAUUGGUUCAGAGCUGAUGAGCCUGUGGCUGGAAUAUGAAGAAGAAAAGACUGCGGAAGCUAAGUUUGUAAAAGAUCUGGACAAGUUUGAUAUGAUCUUUCAAGCAUAUGAAUAUGAACAGUUAGAGAAUAAACCAGGCUUUUUACAAGAGUUUUUCGAUUCCACAGAAGGCAAAUUUCGAACAGAAACAGUUCAGACCUGGGUAACAGAAUUAGAUAGAUUAAGGAAUCAGUCUUCUCCAUUAAGGGGUCACUCAAGUCCUCACACAAGAGAUUUUGGCCAGUCAUCGUCAAAAAGAGAAUCGGCCAGAGUGAAGCCUUUUAUACACGGAGAAUAGCA